AUGCUCUAAGGUAAAUUCAACAUAUUUGACAAUCAAAAUCAAUUCUAAUCAUAAUAAUUUAGUUAUAUUUGUCUUAAGUCCUAUUCCAAAAACAUUGCAACUAAAAUAAUUUUAUACAUUCUUUAUUUUUAGAAAUAAUUCUUGAAAUCUUUUUUGAAAAUUAUUUAAUAAGUAAUUUAAGGAGAGAAAAACCUGAAAAAAAGUUAAAAGUUUUACUAUUAUAUUUAUUAUCUUCAGUUCAAAAUGUAGUCGAGCUUAAUUAUCUAUAAUUUUAAUAUCAAGACAAAUUUAAAUUUGAAAUCAAGCAAAGUGCUUAAUAAAAAGUCUGUCAACAAUAUUAUUUUUGUUUUUAGAAGCUAACAUUUAAAAUUCUUUUUAUUAAUGGAUGACAUAAUAAAUGAAGAUACUUUAAAUUACAUCACAUUAUCAAAUAAAUGCAAUCCAGGAAUAAACAUUUAGUCAUUACUUAUUGGUGAAAAAUCAUUUGAAAUUACUUAAUUGUUAGACAAAAUAGUUCAAUAUAUUUAUAUGAUUUACAAGAUAUUGUUAUUUUAUAAUAAAUGA